GGUUGUGAUCGCUCCAGGAGGGGGGAUGCUGAGCUGAGCCUCCCUAGGUCCCUACAAGUGUGAAGGGCAGCCUGUCUGUGCCACAGAAGAACUUGGGGACCAUUCUGAGAAGCAGCCUUUUCUCACCACCCCGUUCCUCUUCUGCCUGUCUCGGCUUCUCUAGCUUUUUACAGGAAUUUCCGAUUGAGGCACUAACAGCUAAUUCCACAGGAGUUGUGAGGCAGCCUGUGACACAAACUGAGACAGAAGUUUCCCCUCAGAGGCUGUCUCUUUUUUAUUGGCAAAGACUUCUGGCUCUCCUCAGAGGAAUACCUUGUUGCUUAAGAUGAGUGGCUGUAGAAAACGGUGUAAACGUGAAAUAUUGAAAUUUGCCCAGUACCUCCUCAGACUAUUAACAGGUUCUCUUCAUACAGACAGCGUGGAGGAUGAGCUGGAGAUGGCCACCGUCAGGCAUCGGCCUGAGGCCCUUGAGCUGCUGGAAGCCCAGAGCAAGUUCACCAAGAAGGAGCUCCAGAUUCUUUACCGAGGAUUUAAGAAUGAAUGCCCCAGCGGUGUUGUUAACGAAGACACCUUCAAAGAGAUUUACUCACAGUUCUUUCCACAGGGAGACUCUACAACGUAUGCACAUUUUCUGUUCAAUGCGUUUGACACAGACCACAAUGGAGCUGUGAGUUUUGAGGAUUUCAUCAGGGGUCUUUCCAUUUUGCUCCGGGGGACAGUACAAGAAAAACUCAACUGGGCAUUUAAUUUGUAUGACAUAAACAAAGAUGGCUACAUCACUAAAGAAGAGAUGCUUGAUAUCAUGAAAGCAAUAUACGACAUGAUGGGUAAAUGCACAUAUCCAGUCCUCAAAGAAGACGCUCCCAGACAACACGUGGAGACAUUUUUCCAGAAAAUGGACAAAAAUAAAGAUGGAGUUGUUACUAUAGAUGAGUUCAUCGAAAGUUGCCAAAAAGAUGAAAACAUAAUGCGCUCCAUGCAGCUCUUUGAAAAUGUGAUUUAACUUGUCAAAUACAUCCUCAGACAAAUGUGAAUGAUCCUACCACACAAGUGGGAGCUGCCACUUU